GUUUUCAUUAGCGGCGGCAGUUUCAGCCGAGGCGUAUCGGGUGAGACGGGGACCGGAGAAACUCGCACGGAGCGACAGGUGAGCGCGGCGACUUCGGCUCGUGCGACUGGGAGCAGAGACGUCGUUGACUCGGUGGGUCCACAUCUCUAGUAACCUGUUACCUGUGGCUACAAAGAUUUUUUUUUUUUUUUCACAGGCCAGCACCCGGUGGCUCCAGCGGUAAUGUCCUCCAGGCCCAAUGGGAGUCCACCUCCCUACGAGUCAGAUGGAUAUAAUGCCCCCCCCCAGCCCGCCUAUUCUUACUACCCAGAUGACGAGUUCCAGCAUUUCUACCGCUGGAUGUCUCCACCGGGCGUCCUCAAGAUCAUGGCCGUCAUCGUCCUGGUCUUGUGCGUCGCCAUAUUUGCUUGCGUUGCCUCCACUCUGGCUUGGGACAGUCAGGGAGCCCUGACUGGCUUUGGGGGUGUCGGGGGCUACGGGGGAGGCUACGGUGGGGGUUAUGGCGGCGGGUACAGCAGCUUUGGAGGCGGCGCGUACGGAGCUGGAAACAGCUAUGGCUACGGCGGAAUCGGAGGGAACUACAAUGACCCCCGAUCAGGCAAAGGGUUUAUCAUUGCCAUGGCGGCCAUCACCUUCAUCGCCUGCCUGGCCAUCUUCAUCAUCAUCGUGUCCCACCAGAGCCUAUCAGAGAGCAGGAGGUUCUACCUAGCAGUGGUGAUCAUCUGUGCCCUCCUAGCGUUGCUAAUGCUAAUAGCCUCCAUAGUGUACUUGAUGGCGGUGAACCCCAUGGCCCAGUCCUCUGGGUCGGUCUACGCCAACCAGAUUGCGGGCCUGUGUGCCCAGUACCAACGACCGCAGCCUUCAGGAGUGUUUGUCAAUCAGUACCUCUACCACUACUGCGUGGUGGAGCCACAAGAGGCCAUCGCCGUGGUGUUUGGGUUCCUGGUCGCCAUCGCUCUGAUCGUCAUGCUCGUCUUUGCGCUGAAGACCCGCCAGAAAAUCCGAAACUACGGCAAGAGCAACAUUUUGUGGAGGAGAGUGAAGGUUGUCGACGAGAUGGAGCCACCUCAGGACGUGGAGGCAUGGGUGAACAAUGUGUCCGUCGCCCCGGAAGAGCUUCCGAUGUCAGACUCCCCUGAGAAGCUGAGAGGCUCCAGGAGUUACCUGGAUGACGAAAGCACAAACUACGACAAACCUCCCUACGGCUACUCCCCGCGGCCUCCAGUGGAAAAUGGCCUGCCUUUGCACAACGGGGCUCCCUACAGCAGUAGCUCGGAGGUGGCCAGCUCGGCAGGACGGCCCAAGAAGAGACGCCCGGGUCGACCUCGUCGCACUGACGGACAGGACUACGACACCGACUAUAACUCCUCGGGGGACGAGCUGGACGACAACGACUUCGACAGUGAAUUUCCGCCGAUAGCAGACGAGCAGGAGCGCACCGCCUACAAGCGCGAAUUCGACCGCCAACACCAGGAGUACAAAGACCUGCAGGCGGACCUGGACGCCAUCAAUAAGAAUCUGUCGGAGGUAGACAGAGAGCUGGAUGAGCUGGAGGAGGGAAGCCCGCAGUACCUGGAUGCCUUGGAUGAGUACAACAGGAUAAAGAACAUUAAAAAGUCUGCGGACUAUCGGGUGAAGAAGCGCAGGUGUAAAUAUCUGAAGUCCAAACUGAACCACAUCAAGAAGAUGGUCAGCGAUUACGACCGCAGGGCCUGAACAGAUCUGUGUGGGUCGGAUGCCUGUCCGAGACGGGGCAGCGGGGACUACAUCGGGUCUGGCUCUGCUGGGGGAUUGUCGGAGGAGGUUUUUUUUUCCUGACCACAGCAGGCCGCGGAAGACGGAGCUGCGCUGGGCUACGUCGAACACAGAAACUGCCAAAGUCUGUCUG